CACGGCCAUCAAAGAUCCUCCCCCAAUCAAUCUUUCGGUACCAUGGAUGAUUAUUGGAUAUGAUGAUAAGCUCCCAAUUGAACCAUUAUCAAAAUCCUUUUGUGUUGAAUAUAUUUGGUCAAAAGAUGGAACAGAUACAGAAAUUAAACUCACAAAACCAACCCAUCAAGAUUACUGUUUAAUAAGCACUUGUGUUUUAGAUUGUGAAGAAAAUCCUGGAUAUGAAUUUGGAAUGUCAAAUAUUGUUAUUAGUCACCAUUUUUGUCAACCUGAAAAUAUAAAAAUGAAACAUCCUUUUAUUGUUAGCAAGAAUAAGCAAAACUGGAAAGACAAUUGGAGUCUUCUAAGGCCACUUAAUAACAUUUUCACUGGGAAUAGUUGGUAUAUACCUGACAGUGAAAACUAUGUAUUCGCAAGUUUACUUUAUUCCAGUUCUUCGGAAUCUUCUGAACAAUGUUGUCCGUUACUUUUAAAUAUUAAUCGCAAGUAUCCGAUUGUUAAGUCAUUUAAUGGUGUUCCAAAAUGUAUGGUUACUC